GUACGCUCGUAAACCGACAGCUGUGUCGUGUGAUAUUGUUGCACCGCUUUACCUGAACUUUAAACUUAUUCAAAUGUCGAGCUCCAGGCUCCGUAUGAUCAAGACACACAGGCACCAUCGUAUUUUAUCAAAGCUGGCGACGUGAUCAGAGAAGACUGCUCAAAUUCAAGGUUUAUGUAACUCAUAUGAUGGCUGUCUGGCAGCCAGUGACCAAUCUUAGAGAUUAUAUAUCCCAGAAUCCUCCAGUGGUGACCUUUUUCCUGUGCCUGUUGACUGUGGCGAUCUCGUUCAUCUGUCUCAGCUCUUACAGCUACACUCACACCCUGCCUAAUCCUGACACAGCAAAGGACUGGAACCAUGUACUGUCCUCCUUAUCACAGUAUCAGCUGUGUGUUAAAGCCAACCUGAGCUCUGCUGAGCUGGCCUCUGCAGUCCCCUCCCCUCUGACAGAGCAGGAAGGAGAUGGAGAGAUUUCAUUUAACUCAACAAAGACUCUUUUAUUCACCAGUUUGCGACUCAAGGUCCCUCUGGUUGUGACUACCAGCUCAAACAGUGGCUCUCUGAAAGACCUUGAUCUAUACACCACCUUGAAUACCAGUCAGUUACAUCUUGAGGGCAAUGGGACUGUCAGUGUGACUCUGGAAAUUCCAUCUGAAAAUGAUACAUACACCUGCCUCUCUAUACAUGCUCCAACAGACGUCUUGCCCAUGAAACCACUUCCUCCAGAGUGUCCUGCAACUGAGAAAAACAUUUCACCCAUACAUGUGGAAGCAACCAACCAGCAGCCUUCAGUAUCGCAAACCUGCUAUAGUUUAAUUUCCAAGAAUGACCCUACACUCACAGUAAUGUUAACACAGGAGGAACAGGAUGUGGCAGUGCAACAUCUGCUGGAAGUCAGUGUGUGCCUGCUAGGAGUUUGUUUGAUACUCUGUGUAGCUGCUAGUCUGACACAUUCACUGAUACGCCGCUACCACUGGGAUGGACUAGAUCUACAAAAUGAGCCUUUGAUCAACUCCUGAAUAUUUUCAUCUACUGAACACUGAAGAAUGCAGUUGGUGGAUGAAGAGCAAGGUGUAUCAGUAAUGAAAGUGUGCACCCCCAUAAUUUUACACAUGAAAACUUGUUUACAUGUCAUGAAGAGGACCAAUCAGCCAGAGAAAUAAUUUUUCUAAUGUGUUUUGUUGCUCUUGAGGAGGCUUUCUAAAGUCUGAGAAAUGAACCGUGGUGAUGCAGGGUUAUCUCAGCUUGGGCUUGGAGACUACAUAUUCAUGUUGGAUGCAGCAAUGUUGGAGCUUGACUCAUACUAGGGACUAAAAGUCAAGCUAUUUCAGCUGCUGCUGCAUCAAUUUGCCAUUUUAAUCCACCUCUCACAAGUUUUCUGACUUUGCUAAAUUAGUUUUAUAUGAGACUGAAAUAAUACAUGAUAAACACUUUUGAUAAACACUAGGUGGUCACAGAGAAAUGUGCUUGUGAUAAAGAAGGAGUAUUGUAUAUGUUUUUAAUAGGACCAUGGGGUAAAGGGAACAACUCAUAUUAUUGUUAUGACCACAAUGUUGCCUGUAGUGUAUUACAGGUGUUAUUUGCUUUCUGUCAA